UCCCGGAAGUUUUUUCGUUUAUCAUCGUUAGCUAUGGAGGAGGGAUGAAUACACCUUCUAAUGAAGAACCAGAGACUUAGGCUUGUCAACUCCCCUUAUGUCCUGCUUUCAACUAAUUAGCAGGCUAAUCUCGGUUGUUCGCAAUUCUUGUUCCGGACUGUAAAUACACACUAGGACGCCGAUUACCGAAGCCUGACGACCCAGCGGUGUUGUAAGGUCCAGGAUGGCUUGGUUUGCUGACUUGGCUGGGAGAGCAGAAGACUUCCUCAAUAGAGUGGACCAAGGAGCAGCCAGCGCUCUGACCAAACAUCAAAGCCGGGCCGCCACCUUCUCCUCCUAUGACAGCCCAGACUCUGCCGGGACCUCCACCCACUACACCUCCUCGUACAGUGCCCCUGCUUCGGAGCAACAGCACAACUACCACACUACCCACGAGUCCUCCACUUUCAUUUCCACAGCUGCGGACAACAUUAAGAAGUCCAAGGCCACGCUGCUGGCAGGCACUGCCAGUGCGUCCGUGGCCGCACUCGGGCCAGCGAGUGGUGGUGGCUCCGGCUCCUCGAAGCUGACCUCCAACUUUGUGCGGCCUAAGAAGACCGAGCUGGACGACGACCUUCUCUUUGACUUCCUGAACAGCUCGGACCCGGCCCUGAGCGGGAAGAGGGACGCCAAGUGGGAGCGGCCCAGAGCGACGGGGUCAGCGGAAGGAGCGCCUGCUCCGCCUGCUUCCAGUGCUCCCAUGCCCCCCCCCUCUGCCUCCUCCACCCCACCCUCCACCCGUGGCCUGUCUCGAACCUCCAGCCUCAGCUCUCUAUCCACCAGCACCCACAGUGUGAAGACCUCAGAGGAUGGCUCUGCAAAAGAGCAAAGUCAAGAUACCCCAGAGAGCUCGGACUCAGGGCUAGCAGGUCCCCAGGAGCAGGCGGUUGAAGACCCUGGUCCUGUGGAGGAGCCGCAGAACCAGGUGAUGUCUAGCCUGCGUCUGGAGAACCAGCUGCUGCGAAAUGAGGUGGCCUCCCUGAACCAGGAGAUGGCCUCGCUCAUCCAGAGAGCCAAAGACACACAGGAGGAGCUGAACCAGGCCCGAGCCCGUUCAGACAAGUGGAACUCAGACCAGUCGCGCACAGACCGCACCGUCAGGGAGCUGCGGUCGCAAGUGGAUGACCUCACAGAGGCCCUGUCUGCCAAGGACGGGCAGCUGGCGGUUCUGAAGGUCCGACUGGAGGAGGCCGACCAGCUUCUGAAGUCCCGUGACACUGCCCUGGAGGCGGCCCAGAGUGAGAAGUCCAGGAUCUUGCAGGACCAUUCAGAGGGGAGUAAUCUACAGUCCCAGGCCCUACAGACCCUGCAGGAGAGGCUGAGGGAGGCAGAGACAGCCCUCAAGAGGGAGCAGAGCAGCUACAGGCAAAUGCAGAGUGAGUUUGCGGAGAGGCUGGCUAAGGCGGAGGGGGAGAGGCAGGCUCUAGCCGAGGCGGUGACGGGGGCGGAGCGGCGUGCGUCAGAGGACAGGCGACGAGUGGAGGAGCUCCAGCAGCAGGCGAAGUCCGCCCGCGCUGCAGCGGAAACAUCCAAACAGGAGCUGCAGGACUACAAACACAAGGCCUCGCGGAUCCUGCAGUCCAAAGAGAAGUUGAUAAGCAGCCUGAAGGAGGGCUCCGGCCUGGAGGCGCUGGAGGCGGGCGGGGCAGGCGCUCUGGAGCUGGAGGAGCUGCGGCACGAGAAGGAGCUGCAGCGGGACGAGAUCCAGAAGCUGCAGGGCCAGGUGCAGACGCUCCGCGCGGAGAUUCAGGACCUGGAGUCGCAGGCCGUGUCGGAGGCGGAGUCGUGGCGGGAGCAGCAGCAGGAGCUGCAGGACCAGCUGGCGCUCCAGGCACGGGCCAAGCAGGAGGUGGAGGCAGAGCUGGAGCGCUGCAAGCAGGAGUUGCAGUACAUGGAGGAGGAACAGCAUCGUGCCAAAAGCACACUCCAGAGCCGGAUCAAGGACAGAGAGGAGGAGAUCCAGAAACUCAGGAACCAGCUGACCAAUAAGGCGCUGAGCAGCAGCAGCCAGGCAGAGCUGGAGAGCCGGCUGCACCAGCUGACGGAGACGCUGAUCCAGAAGCAGACCAUGCUGGAGGCUCUGGGCACAGAGAAGAGCUCGCUGGUCUUCCAGCUGGAGCGUCUGGAGCAGCAGCUGAAGAGUGUCCAGGGCGGCCAGGCCAAUGGGCCUGCCAUCAACAUGGGCAGCAUGGAGGCCCCUGGUGAGGGUGCACGGCUGCGGAAUGUGCCCAUCCUUUUCAACGACCAUGAUGGUCCAGGUGCCGGCAUGUAUGGAAAAGUGCGCAAGGCAGCCAGCACCAUCGACAGAUUCAGCAUCCGAUUAGGAAUCUUCCUGCGGCGUUACCCAAUGGCCCGGGUCUUUGUAAUCCUGUAUAUGGCACUACUGCACCUCUGGGUCAUGAUUGUUCUGCUGACGUACACGCCAGAAAUGCACGGGGAGUCUCAUGGAAGAUAGAAGGCUGGAGAGAAGAAACUGACUAAUAAAGCUUUCAAUGAUCAAUCAAAUUAAAUCCUUGAUUUAAUUUGAUGCUGAAACUAAAUCCUUGAGAGAGCUGAGCAAGCUGCUGAGCUGUGGCUCAAACCUUCCUGCGUGGAGCUGGUACCUGCAAUUUGCACAAACCUGUUAUGGGACACAGACUUUCCUUUUUCUUUUCUCCCCCUUUUUCUUUCUCCAAAUCCGAUGCUCCAAAGCUUAGAGUCAAAUGGAGGCAUGGAAUUUUACACCAUUCACCUGUAAGUAACACAUUUUGGACAGUUAAUACAAAGAUGGUGUAUUAUUUUUUUGAAGAAAUUUGCUCCUUUUUUCUAAAUUCACUUUUAAUCUUUUGUUUAUUAUGAUUUUGUUUCCCCUCGUAGAGAUUGUGUUUCAUUACUUUAAGCCAUUUAAUUUAACUUUUAAUAAACCUUG